CUUGGCAGCAAGCAGCAGCAGCAGCAUCCAGCGAACUUUACCCAACAAACUUCUUUUCAACAGCUUUCUUUGCCCUUUUCAUUUGACAAGCAGUUUGCCACUGCUUGUUACUUUCUCCAGGCUUCUGGUUUUUCUCUCUCUUCUUUGCUUCAUCUAUCAAAAAGCCUUCAAGUAUCAGUCCAUUAAAACAACAGGUUUGCGGAUUGGAAUUGGAAGGGAAAGCAGUGACAAUGUCCGAAAAUAGUGAAAGGUGUCUUGACAAAGUUAUUAAGGGAAUUAAGAGCAUUCUUAAUCCGCUCGGAUCCUACUGUGAACAAUGGAAUAGGUUAUUUCUACUAUCAACUGUAAUUGCGCUCUCACUUGAUCCUGUGUUUUUCUACAUCAUUGUGGUCAAUGAAGAUAACAAGUGCCUUUUUUUGGACACCAAAUUGGGGAUUACAGCAAUUGUUCUGCGUUCGGUUAUUGAUUGCUUUUAUAUUAUAUGCAUUGCUUGUCGACUUCAGACUGAUCUUUUUGCUCCUCUUUUACAUAUAAGAGAUAAUAGGGGCAGAAAUUGCUGGAAAAUAGUGAGGAGAUAUUUGUUGUCAUGGUUCUUUCCCAUUGACAUACUUGCAGUUCUUCCCCUUCCACAGGUGGUGAUUUUACUUAUUAUUCCAACAAUGAAACGGUUGAGAUUUUUGGAUGCCAUGGGUGUGUUGAAAUCUGUCGUUAUCUUGCAAUACAUACCAAGGGUUCUUCGGAUUUAUCCAUUGUUUAAGAGGCACAAAAGUUCUCCUGGCAUACUUUCUGAAGCUGCAUGGGUGAAUGCUGCAUUCAAUCUCUUGCUUUACAUCCUUGCAGGUCAUGUGGUUGGAGCUGCAUGGUACUUCUUCGCUAUAGAACGAGAAGCUACAUGUUGGCUUAAAGCUUGUGGAAAUCAGACUGGAUGUGUCAGUGAAUCAUUUUAUUGUGAUUUCAAUCGCGGAAAUCACACAUUUCUAAAUGAUGUAUGCCCUAUAAGUUCACCCAACACCGAGCUCUUUGAUUUUGGAAUAUAUCUUUAUGCUCUACAGUCCCGGAUAGUGAAGGUGACAGAUUUCUGGCCGAAGUUUUUUCAUUGUUUUCGUUGGGGUAUACAAAAUCUGAGUUCGUUUGGCCAAAAUCUACAAACAAGUGCAUAUGUCUGGGAGAACUGCUUUGCAGUGUUCAUUAUAAUCUUUGGCUUGGUGCUAUUCUUGUUUCUUAUCGGAAAUGUGCAGAUUUAUCUUCAGUCUAAAACUAUGAAAUUAGAGGAGAUGCGUUUGGCCACAAGAGAAAUAAAGCAAUGGAAACCCUUCAAAAAGCUUCCUCGUAAACUUCGGAGGAAAGUAAAUGAACAUCAGCAGUACACAUGGCAUCACACCAGAGGUGUUAAUGUAGAGAAGCAGCUACAAAAUCUUCCCAAGGAAUUAACGAAAGAUAUCAAGAGGGAGCUCUGUCUAACGCUGCUCAAAAAAGUGAAGUCAUUUUGUUCGAAGGGAGAAAAACUGUUGGAUGCACUGUGUUUUUGUGUCAGACCAGUACUAUUUAUCGAGCACAGUCACCUUAUUGAGACAGGAGACAGAGUUAAUGAGAUGCUAUUUAUUGUUGAAGGCAAAUUACAAGUCUCCAGCAGCAGCAGUAAUGAAAUAGUUCACUUAAAAGAUGGUGAUUUUUGUGGAGAGGAACUUGUAGAAUGGGUUCAGGAUUCCAACUCACAGCCUCUCCCCGUCUCAAGCAGAUCCAUUCAAACCCUUACUAAAGUGGAAGCCUUUGCCCUCCAAGCUAGGGACAUGAAACGCAAUUGGGAUGCUAUACGCAACCAAGCAGCUGCACGUCUUUCUUCAGCCUGGCGCCGUAGCAAGAGGGCUCGGGAAGUAAGCAGGACAACUAUAGAUAUUCACGUCUCCAUGGUCCAUGUGAAAUAAGAACAAGCUGUAGCAGCUGUCAUAAUUUCAUUUAGAAAGGAUAAUGAUUUUGGUUGUGUUAGUAAAGACAGAUGAAUUUAUUUUCUCCAAAUCCAGCAGGCCGAGAUGGAUUGCGUAAGCAUGUUCAUUCACAAUCUGUAAAAGAUAAGGUAGUCAAAAACUUGUCACGUUCUGGUAGCAGCAUCAACAAGUCCUUGAGUUUUAGCACUGAUGAAUCUGGUAGUUCAUAGCUUGUGGCUUCAUCCUCACAGACAAGUCAGCAGCCUCGCUAGAAGCACAGUCUGUCAUUUCUGAGUAACAUCAGGUUAGUACAAUCUAUCUUGUGUUUUAGAUAGCUGCUGUAGUUGUUGACUUGAGAUCAUUCAUGGCAUAGAAGCCUACUUAACCGGUUUUGUUAUGCAUCCUCACGCCCCAAUUAUGCAGAAGAGUAAGAAAAUGUAGCCUUUGUU